ACGAUUUAGUGUAAUCUCACUGAAAACUUGCUCGCUCUCUGUUAAUUAUAUAUCCAUCGUACACGCUUUAUUGAUUACUUCUCUAACAAAGUUAAAAGGAAAAUGGGAAGAGAGAAAGGGACAGGUGCAACAUCUCAAGGUAAACAACACUUCAGCCACCCCCACAACUUGAAACUGGUGAAUCCAACAGAAUCUGAAACUCUCAGUUGCAAUGCUUGUGAAAAACCAAACAAUAAUAACAAGCCUAAUUUCUAUGGCUGCAAUAGCUGCCAAUACUUCCUCCAUGAAAACUACCUCAAUGCUCCUCGUUUUCUCGACCACUCAUCUCAUCCUUCUCACCCCUUAAACCUUUUCCCUAUUCCAACUUAUUCAAGUCGUUCCUAUACUUGCAAGGCUUGUGGCUCUAAUGGCAAUGGAUUUUGCUUUAGUUGUGCUUGUUGCGAAUUUGAUAUUCAUUUGCAGUGUGCAUCUUGUCCAAGUUCAAUACUUGUUGACAAACACCCACAUCAGUUGGAGCUCCUCUUCGGUUCUCCUUACGAUGAUAAGGAUAUCACAUAUGUUUGUGAUAUUUGCAACGUCAUAAUGAAUAGGGACAGUUGGUUGUACUAUUGCGCUGGUUGUGAUUUUGCAUCGCACUUACAGUGUGCAAGUACUCCUGAAGUUGGCGUUUUCCCCAUACAGCAACGUUCAAAUCCAAAUCGAUACCGGAAUACAAUUCCAAAUCCAAAUGCAACAGUGGAGAUGAUAAAUUCAGUUAAUGAUGCUCAUGAGCGGCUAAUGGCAGCUCAACUUGAAUCUCAGAUUGCGGCACGAUCACGACAGGCUAUUCUGGACUCCAUUGACGGGCCAUCACGACGAUACUCUUACUACUACUCUUGUAUGUCUUCUAUUCAUGUUGGUGGACAUGUUUCUUCAUCUCCUUUUCAGUUUCUAUGUUUAUCUAUUUACAGCUGUUUGUUACAAGGAAAAUCAAUGGGAAGACAGAAUCAGAGUACAGAUUCAACAAAUCAAGGUAAACAACACUUCAGCCACUCCCAUAUCCUGAAAAUUGUGAAUCCAACUGAAGCUGAAACUCUCACUUGCAAUGCUUGUGAGCGAAAAAACAUUAGUAAUAAGCCAUUCUAUGGCUGCAAUAGCUGUCAAUAUUUCCUUCAUGAAAACUGCUUUAACGCUCCUCGUUUUCUCAAUCAUUCAUCUCAUUCUUCCCAUCCUUUGACUCUUCUCCCAAUUCCAACUUACUCGAUCCGUUCCUAUAUUUGCACAGCUUGUGGCUCUGCUGGUAAUGGAUUCUGCUUUAGCUGUGCUUGUUGCGAAUUCGAUAUCCACUUGCAAUGUGCAUCUUGUCCAAGCUCAAUACUUAUUGACGAACAUCCACAUCAAUUGGAGCUCCACUUCGGUUCUCCUUACGAUGAUAAGAGUAUCGUAUAUAUUUGUGAUGUCUGCAAUGUAAUAAUGAACUGCGACAAUUGGCUUUACUACUGCGCUGGUUGUGAUUUUGCAUCUCAUUUAUACUGUGCAAUUAGUCCUGAAGUUGGUGUGUUCCCGAGACAGCAGCGUCCAAUUCCAAAUCAAAAUCCGAACACAAAUCCAAAUCCAAAUCAAACAUUGGAGAUGAUAAAUGCAGCUAAUGAAGCUCAUCAGCAGAUUAUUGCAGCUCAAAUUCGUGCUCAGUUUGCGGCACGAGCAGGAGAGGCUGCUCUGGACUUGGUCGGGCCACCACGAAGAUACAGUUACUUUUAACUGUGUAAAUGUUAAACUUCACCUUAUGCCUUAUAUUUUGACGUUCAAGUUUAAUUGCAAAAAUAAAUACUCUAUUAAAUUAUUUCUCUUUCA